UGACAAUGCAGAAAAAAUACCAUUAAAUUGAAUAAUUCACAGCAUAGUCAUAGAGUUCAAUUUUACACCGUGGGAGUCGGUACGGAUGUGUCCGAUGGCGAUCUUCGAAUUAUUUAUUAUGGUUUUUGCAUCGCCUGUUCAAUCCAUACUGGCAGCUAAAAUAUGUGGACUAAAUCAAAUGACAAUAGAACAGAACCAAUCAAAAGUAUGUUUGGAUUGUAUCAGCUGUCCAAAAGGAAUGGGUAUCGUCCCACAAUGCGGUUCUUUCUUCACUGAGAAUGUUAGAGUCAGGUGCCAAAAAUGUACCAAUGGCGAGUCGUUUUCGGAGGCACGUGACUAUACAGCAUGUAAGACAUGUCGGCUGUGCUUGCAGAAUGAAGAGACAAUCAAGAAUUGCACCCCAACCUCUGAUGCUGAAUGUGGAGGAUGUAAACCAGGGUACUAUCGAAGUCCAACGCAUGCGUGUUUGAAAUGCUCAACCUGUUGUCCGGAUACGAUUAAAUACGACUUGGAAUCACAGUGUCUACAGCAAGGUUUAUCAAGAAACAAAGCAUGCCGGUAUACGGGUAGGAAUUGCGAAGAAACCAAACCAACUUUAUUGAAUGUGCAGGCAGAAACCACGAUAAAGCAAAGCACAGCAAAUAAAUCGUCUGUUUUACCUUUUUUAAUCGUUUCAAUCAUUUCGUCUUCACUUCUAUUUCUCAUCGCGACAUUUUUGGUUUAUCGUUCGUACUGCAAUCAUAAAUUGAGAAGAUCUACCAUAAAUGGAUCUCAUCAAGUUCUUUAUAACGGUAAUGACGAAGUUGUGCAUCUGUGGAGUCAAAAAAAACCAAUUAUAUCUUUAUGUGAAAAUACAAACGUUUGACGUAGAUAAUUAAUAAGUCAAAAAAUGAAUAGAGAAAAAACGAAAGAUUCAAAGAAUCAUAGCCACGAGACGUCGAAAGAAAAUAUAGAUGGAUAAUAAUGUCGGUUAUGACAAGUGAAAAUAUCUUAAAAUUUUGAUGUUUCAAAUUCACAUUUUGACGACCGCAGAUAGAAAAGGUCUGAAAAUAAAUAUGAACUAUGUAGAUACGAAAAAAAACAUUUUAAAUGGUGAAACUACAACAUAGUUUUACUCCAAUAUAAAAAUAUCUCUAUGGAGGUUGAUAUCUAUGAUCAGUAAUAUUAAGCUUUAUUUACAAGUCCUAUCUUUAAAUCGUUUAUUUAAAGAUUAAGCAAAUCAUAAAUUUGAAAUAAAUUCUUACGUUUUUUGGCCAGUGAAA